UAACCGCAAUCUUAGCAGAACCAAGAAAAUGACACCCCCCCUCCCUUUUCAAAAGAAGGCAACAUUGAAGAGAAAAGUAAGAUGUGGUUCCGUUUUAGCAGUAGGAUCAAACAGAUUAUAAUUUUUUCAUUAAAUAAAUACUACUACUUAUAAGAAUUAGUGAUUUGAAAAUGAAAGCAUGUUGUUGAUUGUGAAAGAAAAUUACAAGAAUAUCGAUGGAUGAGAAUGAUGGAUUUGAGGAUGCAGGGACAGGGACACCUUUAUCUGCAAUAGCUGAGGCAUUUGAGGAGCUUUCGUUAAACCGCGGCCACUACAAUGAUCUUAUGCUCAAGCCUUUUUGUGAUGCUUGUUCCCAUGUUUCUGUUCUCUUUGCAUCCCUAGGGAUCGCUUUUAAAUUUGCUGAGCUUGAAUACGUCUCCAAGUUUCAGGUACGUGAUCUUUCAGAAGCAUCAGAAAUAUUUGGAAGUUUGAACAGUAUCCUUGAUUAUGAUGUUAGAAAUGAUACAGUGAGAACGCCAGGAAGCCUUUCACGGAAUUUACGUAGGGUUCGACAGGGUCUAGACCUAAUCAGAGCAUUGUUUCAGAAUUUUCUUUCAACCUAUGAAAACUCCCUAAAAGAAGCAGCUUCAAUGGCAUAUGCAAAAGUUUGUGCACCUUAUCAUACAUGGGCUGUCAGAACUGCUGUCUCUGCUGGUAUGUGUGCUCUUCCAACAAGGGACCAACUUCUCAUGAAACUAAAUGAGACUAAUGAUUCAGUGGAGAGAGAAAUGAGAAGAUACAUUGAUGCUUCACUUCCGAUCAUAGAAUACAUUGACGAACUUUAUGUUUCAAGAAAUAUAAGCUUGGAUUGGUGAUCUUCAUGGAUGAAAUAUCCAUCAUGUCUUGGAAACUAGAGAGGAUAUUUCAGAAGCUAAAAAUUAAUGGAUGAAACCAUCAUGUCUUGACAACUAGAGAGGAUAUUCAAAAGCUGAAAAUUAAUCCAAAACUUACUUCUGAUUGCUAUAGAACUUGUACUCCACUUUGAUACUCUUUUCAUUCUCCCCCGCCAUAAUCGGUAUGUCGAUCUUGCGAAUAUACUGAUAGAUGUAUCGGCUGUCUCUAUAAAUUAAAUUAUACAUCGAAAAAAAAAAGUUCCCUUGUUUUGUGAAAUUUGUACCAAAAGUAGUUUAAGUAAUACCCUGAAUACUUUUUCCUAGUUUAGAUCAAUUUAGUAAAUUUGUAGUAUAAAAAAGAAAGUACUACUAGUAUUCUACUUGUGGAACUCCUAAAAAAAAGGAACUUGAGCCUCUUGUUUAUAACUUCAGAUGCUCUAACACUAAAUUUGAUUAUUUAUACUAGUAUUUUGGCAUUUCAUAA